AUAGAGGAAGAGAUCCAUGAAAAGAAGAGGCGUGGCAUGAAGUGAAGUGAUAGCCCUGCUCAGAAAUCUUUUCCUUCCCUCCCCUUUCCUCUGGCGGGCAGACACGCAGAGGCAGGCCGCUCUGCUGCCGCUGUGCUCUGAUCCCGGCCUCCGCCAUCUGCAUCGGCAUCGGCAUCAGCAGCUGCCCAAACACGAACCCUGCAGAUUCUUUAUCACAGCCACAGCGCAACCAGCUGCUCACACACACACACAGAUAGAGGAAGAGAGCGGAGUGGACGUGACAGAGAGCUGCCACCAGCUACUGCUCUGCUUCUGCUUGGUAUAUACUCCAUCACGUCGAAGCCAUCGGCCGAUCGGAGCCAAGGACGCGCGCGCAGAGCCGUGGAUACAUGCACCCGGCCAUGGCGGCGGCGGCGGCGGCAUUCUUCCACGGAGGAGACGAGGAGGAGGCGGGCGUGGUGGUGGCGGGUGGCGCUGGAGUUGGAAGGAGGGCGGUCUUCGGCGGUGGCGGCGGCUUCAAUGCGGCGCGGCCGGCGUUCGUCACCCAGCAGCUCUUCCCGACGACGGCGGCGGCCUCCUUGGCGGUGACGGGGACGGCGACGCAGCAGCAGGCGAUGGCCGCGGUCCCGGAGCUCGCAUGGGGCGGGGCGGCUGCGCACUGGGCCCGGCCGCCGUCGAGGACCAAGAGCCGGCGCGGGCCGCGGUCCCGGAGCUCGCAGUACCGCGGCGUCACCUUCUACCGCCGCACCGGCCGCUGGGAGUCCCACAUCUGGGACUGCGGGAAGCAGGUGUACCUGGGAGGAUUCGACACAGCACAAGCUGCUGCAAGGGCGUACGACCAGGCGGCGAUCAAGUUCCGCGGCGUGGAGGCGGACAUCAACUUCGUGCUGGACGACUACAAGGAGGACAUCGGCAAGAUGAGCGUGUUGAGCAAGGAGGAGCUGGUGCAGGUGCUGCGGCGGCAGGGCGCCGGGUUCGUGAGGGGCAGCUCCCGGUUCCGCGGCGUCACCCUGCACAAGUGCGGCAAGUGGGAGGCAAGGAUCGGCCAGCUCAUGGGCAAGAAGUUCGUGUACCUUGGCUUGUAUGACACAGAGAUGGAUGCUGCAAAGGCGUACGACAAGGCGGCGCUCGACUGCAGCGGCGAGGAGGCGGUGACCAACUUCGAGCCCAAGGCAGCGGUGACGUGCGACAGCAACCUCGGCCUGCAAGCUUGGGACGGCGAGCCUGAUCUCGAGCUCAGCCUGGGCUGCUCCGGCGGCGGCGAUCCCUCCAUGGUCACUGGCGGCAAAACCCUCCACACCGCAGCCACGCCGGGCAGCCGGAGGACGAGCCUGACGUUUGAGAUGCCGGAGGAGGAGGAGGCGGCGGCUCCGUGGCGCCCCGGCAGGAACAGGAGCAUCUGGAUGAGGCCAUCGCCGACGUCGAUAACACCGGCGCUGAGGUGCCCGGACGGCGAUCACCGCCCCACCAUCCCGCGCAGCAGCAUGCUCCAGAUGGGCCAGAUCGGCGGAGCCGGCAGAGCAGAGCCACACAUGCUCGGGUGGCCCACCGGCGCCGGCGUCGAUCGUUGGCAGCCGUACGCCGCCGAGGCAGCAGCAGCAGCAUCAUCAGGAUUCCCGCCGGCGCCGGGGCUGGGAGGCGUCCAGCGGCAGAACCACCACAGGCCGGGCAGCAGGGAGCAGCUGUGGCGCUGAGCAGCCACCGAACUGCACCAUUCCAGCGUCGGCGUAACAUGUUUUGGGAAGAAGGAACCGCCGUCACCCUCCGGCGCGGCGCCGCCCUUUUUGUCAGGUUAGCAGGCCGACGCGCCGCCAUCAUCGCCUGCCAACCCCGGUGUGCAUGGCCGGUCCGAUCCCGGUGGCGCUUAGCCAUAGUAUUUCGUAGAGAAAGCGACGAACGCUGUAGCUCCAAGAACCUUGUAGUGAUAUGUCCAGCAGAUCUUGUCACAACCUGAUGAUGCCUUCAGUAGAAAUUUCAAUCUGGAUGAUGAUGAUGACAGGCCAUGAUGAUGAUGAUGAUGAUGGAUCUUGUUGAAUGAAUCUGGUUACUUUUGGGAUGCAUGAGCUUCCCAGAAUCA